AGUGUUGUGUUACAGAAUUUACAAGCCGGACAGUCACUCUUCCCAGACGACUCCACCACCCCGGUACCUAUCCUGGUGGACUCCCGCAGGAUCGACACGAAGACGGGAGCGUUUGUGUACGAGUACGCUGGCGCUGACGGCUCCUCCAAGUACGAGUUCCGCUACCCUAACGGCACCGUGAUCGGCAACUACACCUUCAUUAAUGACCUCGGUGAGAAGGAGACCCGCGUCUACUCUGCCGGAGUGCGCGAUCCCACUCUGAUCGACGAGACCACCGACCCCAACUACGUCGAUCUGGGCAACUACGACCUCUACAAGCAUCUGGAGCGACCCUACGUCCACAACGACGGCACCUCUGCCAUCGACGGCCAGGCGUUUGCCAGUUCGGUGUCUCAGGUGCCGCGGCCUCGUCCAUCACAGUCCGCACAGCCACGUCGUCCUCCAUCUCAACCCCAGCAACGACCCCAAUUCCAACCUGCUCCACCCCAGCAACGACCCCCGUUCCACCCGCCCCAGCAGCCUGCGGUGCCGCUCGACUUCGGCGACGCGACCGACCACUUCUCCCAACCGCCCAUCAUCGCCCCAACAUUCCAAGAGGCCAAUGUAGCACCUCAGGCCCCAGCGCCCCUGCCACCCCCGGCCCCAGUGCUGCCUUCUCCGCCCCGUGGUCGCCCGGGUGGCAGGUCAGGAGGGCAGCAGCAGCCAUCCCACCACCGCCUCGACCUAUCUUCCAACCAGAAUGUCGGGUCGUUCCUGGACUCGGUCAUACAGCGGUUCCAGUAACGUGUCAAGGGCCUCGUCCUCCUGGUCCUCCUCCAGCAGUGAUGGCUGCCGUGUCUGCGGCGUCAGGGCAAGACCCGCCGGGGACCUCCAAGACCAACAUAUGUUGUGCGCGGCGGCGCGUCCUGAACAUUGUUUCCCAGACAUUACCUCUCCGGCCUGACAAUGUUGUAAUUGUUGAUGUUUGUUCCGUUCUAAUAUUGUUAAUACUGCUACAGUUGUUUCCGUCCAUGGACCAAUAAACGUGUAGCCUCAGA